AGUAUGUUGCAUACUGAAAGGGGUGACUAGAAAAAAUCUUAAAGGGAGGGAGGAGCGAAGUAAAAAGGAUUUUUAAAACUGUUUGGGUGUCAGCCCGGAACAGUAGUGAAUAAGGACAAGAAGAAAGCUUGGCAGAGGAAAGAAGGGAAGCAGAAUUUGGUUGGGCUAGUGCAGGAAGAGAGUACGUGAAGGAACUUGGGAGCUUGGAAAAUAGCGAUCUGAAGGGGAAACAGCUUCUCAGCAAAUAAUAGAGGAAGCCUGUAAAGGGGUGGGGGCUGCAAUAAUAAAUAGUGUGUAGCAUAGAAGAAAAGAGGAAUAAACACGCAAGCCUUGUCAGGCUCCGGCUGGAAAUGGCUUCUGCAGAGAGGGAGGAUGGGGAAGAGUUACCCCAAGACAAUACCUGUGAUGCCUGCGAGCCUGAUGAAGCUCAGGGCGCCGUGCAGGUCUGUCAGAACUGUGCCUUUUCCUUUUGCCAACUUCACGCAGAGGAGCAUAGCCACAAGUACAGGACCCACCAGAUGACUGACUUUGUCACUCCAGGGGGGCUGGGGCAGGCAGGCAGCCAAGGUAUGGCAGGGGGAGACCCCAAAGAAGAGCCUCGUAAGCUGGAACGGAGGAAGUGUGAAGAACACGGAGAAGAACUUAGCCUGUACUGUAGAGAGCAUGAGAGAAUUAUCUGUGUGUUGUGUGCUGUGUCCGGCUCUCACCAAAAGCAUGAUAUCAUCACUCUGAUCGAUGCCUAUGAAGCCAUGAGGAAUAGAGAGCGUGUUGACCUGAAGCUGGCAAUGCUCGAGAUGGUGGAAAGAUUGAAGUUCAAGUGUGCAGAUCCCAAAGUGACUCAAGGUGACAUGAAGUUGUGCAUUCAGCAAGAAUUUGACAAGGUACGUCGCCUGGUUUGUGAAGAGGAAGAGAAAGCUCUCCACCUGGUGGAUCUCCAGGAAGCUUUGGCCACUGCUCACACAACAGAGGUUCUGGCAGAAAUUGACGUCCGCAUGGCAAAACUGAUGACGGAGAUGGCAGAGCUCACAAGACAGCUGGGCACCUUUAAAGAGCUAGCCCUGCUCAAGCCUGAGAGCACAGAUGAAGAAACCAGGGCCAACAGCUUUCCUCUGCCUACACCAAGUCCUUCCCGAAAGGACAGACAAUAUAAUGAUGACGAUCUGCCACCUGCCAAUGGACCCUGUUGACUCAGCAAGGAAAGUUUUAACUACCCAGGAGAAUCACAGAAGGACGCCCCCCCCCCCCCACAUUCAAUCUCCAUAUGGUGAAACUGUCCUGAAUCUGUAGUAGAAGAGACUUCAGACUCCUUUGCUUUUACUGUACUUUUCACUUGUCCGUAAGACAGUCUGUUCCUUCUUCCAGAUGUAUCCUUUGUGAAUAUACUGCUUGCCAUACCAAAUGACUUAUUUGCCAAUCAAUCACUUUACUGCUUAGGGUUGACAAAACAUCUUUCCGAAAAUAAGUCACUUGUCUUUUGAAAUGUGGAAUUGCUAAUUUAAAAUAAAGACAAGAUCACAAUAGAGAAGGAGAAAUAUGGAGUAAAUGUUGCUCUGAUUUUCAACUGACAGGACUCCUGAGGACUUGGUUUGAAUAAUUCAGUGCAAUGGAAAUGAAGAAAUUACAGAAGGGGAAAAUUAGUCCUUUAAGUCACAUAUAAGAAUUAAAAAAUUAAUUUAGAGUUUUUUAAAGGAUGCUGCCUGGGUAGCAAAAUAAAUAAUACUGUGCAAUACUAAGAUUUCUCAACUUUUUUUUGUUUUGGGUACAUUGUAACUUCAUAGAUGAUGCUAAUUCUUAACAAUCAGAGCCUGUAGAUUUUAAAAUCCCAAUUCAUAUUGUGGGUUCCUGCAAGGCUUAUGCCUUAAAAAUCAGUGUAGAAUUGUAGGUAUGUUGAAUUUUACAAGACUUUAAAAAAAUUAUUAUUAUUGUCUUUCUAUCUAAAAGCAAUUUUAGGUUAAAAUUACCUGAAUGUGAGAGCAGUAUACUAAAGAAAGAUUCUUCUUGAGAAGGUACAAACUCUUUCAUGAGACCAUGGAAGGAUCUUGUCCAAACUGGACUAUCCCUUCAGUAGCUCUCUGUAUCUGUGUGUAAUGCUUAACUAUAAAUGUAUGAAGCUGCCUUAUACUGAGUUAGAACAUUGAUUAUCUACCUCAAUACUGUCUACCAUGACUGGCAGCAACUCUCCAGAUUCUAAGAUAAAGAUCUUUUCCAGAGCCUAUCACCAUACAUGAUUUAACUGGACAUGCCAAGGACUGUAACUUUUAGUAGACAAGAGUAUGAUUUAUCACAUGGUCGUGACAUUUCACGUUGCCCACCACUAAGUGGAAACAGAAAAAUAGCAGGGAGACCAGCGUGCUUACCUUCAAGUGUUUUGGGUAGAUAGCAAAAAGGACUGAUGGAGUGGCUCCAUUCUUGAAGCAACAGAAGGGUCCUUCAUAUACUGAUUCCAUCAACUGACAUUGGAUGCUGUCAAUCAUGCAACAGGUUGUGUUGGGUCUGUAUCAUCCUGAUGGUUUCCCUUCUUCAACUCUAAGCUGGUAAUCAUUAUAAUGGGAAAAACUUUUGGGUAGUCUUAUGUAGCUGUUGAAACCAUGUCACUAACUAAAGAACUAAAUUGUUUCUAUUAAGGCAGGCUGAUAAAAACAUUGUGGGGUAAACCUUAGGGAAUUACUCAGUGUUCUUUGGUAUGAAAAUCGUUUGGUGAGUUGCUGAUACUUUAUAAAAUAACCAUGCAUUGCCCCAAACGGUUGUUCAUCUUUGAUCUUAAUGGCCUACCUGUCCCUUCAGUCCUACAAGGAUUCACAUUUCAGGGAUCUUUUUAAUGAAUUAAGUGAAGGCUAAUUCCAAGAUUCCCCCUAUCACUUGACCAUCUUUUGUGCUAGUCUGGAAGCUGAUUGGACCAGUGUCUCAGAAAUUAGUUCCUCCUUUUCAGAAAAAAAUAAUUUCUACCUAUCCAGGUUGCCAUAUUCCCACCUAUGCCUGAAGAUUUUUUUCUGAAGACGUGUGUAUGAUCAUUUAAUAACUGGUUAAGACUAUGAAGUUGGUUUAUACUAAUACCCAUGCAAAUCUGUAUAUAGAAGUUAGCUAUAUUGUUUCUUUUGAUUGUUUUCUACAGUUGUCUGUGUUCUUUGACAUUUUCUGAUCUGUAUGUGUGCAAUCAAUAAAAUAACUUCUGGUAUUCC